GUAGUUCAGGAAUAUGAAAGAGCUGUUAUAUUCAGACUUGGUCGACUGGUGUCAGGUGGAGCUAAAGGGCCAGGUCUGUUUUUCAUCAUCCCGUGCAUGGAUUCCUAUACAAAAGUGGACCUGAGAACUGUUUCAUUUGAUGUGCCACCUCAAGAGGUUCUGACCAGAGAUUCCGUGACUGUAGCAGUAGAUGCUGUGGUCUACUACCGGGUGCAGAACGCCACCAUGUCCAUCACCAAUGUUGAAGAUUCCAACAGGUCCACUCGCCUGUUGGCUGCCACGACUCUCAGGAAUGUGCUGGGCACCAAGAACCUCAGUGAGAUCCUCUCAGACAGGGAGAACAUCAGUCAUGUCAUGCAGAGUAACCUGGAUGAGUGUGCAGAUCCUUGGGGGAUCCGCGUGGAGCGGGUGGAGAUCAAAGAUGUGCGUCUGCCAGUUCAACUACAACGAGCCAUGGCUGCAGAAGCAGAGGCAGCAAGAGAAGCCAGGGCCAAGGUGAUUGCCGCUGAAGGUGAACAGAAAGCAUCACGAGCUUUGAAAGAAGCUGCAGACAUCAUGAUACAGUCACCGGCGGCUCUACAGCUGAGGUACCUGCAGACUCUCAACACAAUAUCAGCAGAGAAGAACUCAACCAUCAUCUUCCCACUGCCCAUAGACAUUCUGCAGACAUUUAUUAAGAAAUAG